UAAUUAAAAAUAAAAAAUAAAAAAAAUAGGCACAAGAUGAACUCUGUGAAACAUAUCGACGGAAGCUGAUUAUGUCAUCAUUUGGUAAUAAAUGAAGUUCAUUAUAAGCCUUUUAUCGCCCACUGCUGGGCCUCUUCCCGCAUGCCUCUUGUCUGGAUAGUCUGCAAAAUGCUGCGUCUUACAAUUUGCCUGUUAGUAGCCAGAACGGUAUUCGCUGCAAGUGCGUUCCCGAUGGGCAACACAGGUUACCAUCCCGUCGGACCUGACACAAACCUAGUGUUCAACUUCCAGCAAAUACGACGAGACCAGCCCGCGCAAGUCGAGAUGAGAGAAGAAAACAUCCACAAGUACAUGAACCGACCCAGAACCACCCCUCCUACUCCUAUCGAUAACGGAGACAUGAGCUCAAUGCAUCCAGAGAACCCUAUUCCGUACACCGCGGAGCAAUGGAAUGCUGUGCUGACAGCCCCUAAAUACGAAGGUCCAGUCGCGAAUUGGAAGAACGUGCCUGCUCCUCCUUCCUUCCCUCAUUGGGACAACUUGGCAGUCAACAACCCAAACAAUUACGAGCAAUACAGACAGUCGAUAGUGGUUCCGGAGGAGCCGGCUCAAUGGCAGCAACCUGAGAUUCGCAGCCGUGCCAUGCCAAGCUAUUCUACGACAUUUGAGCCUGUAACUUUUGCGCCUGUGACGUUUGCGCCGGUGACAUUUGCUCCAAGGGAACCUGUGACGUUUGCUCCAAGGGCACAUGCACGACACAGCUCUAGAGGAAACCAUAGAUUCAAUUGGAACGAUGUGUCGACCACUCAAGCCCCAACCACGAUGCCUGUCAACGCUCCCACGGCAGCACCCAGUCGCAUGCCGCCCCCACCUGUACCUACCUUGUCCCCGUGGUACGACGGCUUCUAG